GUCACCACGAAACUUCUGAUCACCGGCGUGGUGGUGGUCCUCGCGGUUAUCGGCGUCAUUGUCGGUGUCAUCGUGGCUCGCCAGUCAAGCAGCAGCUCGGCGAGUGAAUCUUCGGGAACUGCCAGCUCUGGCUCUGGCUCCAGCGUCUCCGGCGGCACUAGUGACAGCUCGAAAACCGGUAACACUUCCGGCGGAUCCAGCAAGGUGUCCAAGAAGACCAACAGCACCAGCGGCUCCAGCGCUAGCUCCAUCACCUCCGACCCGACUUCUGCCAAGUUUUCCUUGGCGGCGUUCGCCGUGGGCGACUGGGGCACGACCAUCUACCAGGACUCGUGCUGCACGCGCUCGGACACGUACACAAACUUCGACAUCGUGGCUGAGGAUGUCGUGGCCAGCCUCAUGAACUCGCAGGCUUCUAAUGCGGACGUCAAGCCCAAGGCGAUCCUCGGCCACGGCGACAACUUCUACUGGACGGGCAUCAACUCGGAAGAGGGUCGCGACUCUCGAUUUGCUACGACGUUCGAGAAGAAGUUCGACGGCGAGAGUCUGUCCGGGAUCCCGUUCGUGAACGUGGUGGGCAACCACGACUACGGCGGCGGCAGCUUCAUCUGCUCCAAGGGGGACGACAACGCCAAGUGCAGCAGCGCCGACGACCUCGUGGCUGCGCUGGAGAACAAGUUCAAGUGGCAGCAGGAGUACACGAGCCCCAACGACGACCGCUGGGUGCUGAAGGACCACUUCUACGUGUACUCCAUUGAGGACGAGACUUCUGGUGUGAGCAUCGACAUCUUCAACGUUGACACGGGAGACGCCGACGUCCACGCUGCUCAGCAGGUGUGCUGCCAAUGCUUUGCCUACUCCAAGAGUGACGACGAUGCCUGCAAGGGCGUUGCGCGUGGACACAAGUUCUGUGCUGGCGGGAAUAACGACAUGUAUGAUGCUUGCAUGGACAAGUUCAAGGAGUGGAGCGAUGACUCCCGCAAGCAGCUUGCUGAGAAGGCCAAGACGUCCACCGCCACGUGGAAGAUCGUUAACAGUCACUACAGUCCGCACGCUCACUAUGACGAGGCCGGCAUGAAGCAGUGGUUCGACAUCUUGGAGGGCUCUGGAAUCCACGCGUGGGUGUACGGCCACACGCACGGCGAAAAGCACGACUUUUCCGAGCCCUUGGCCAUGCACUUCAUUGAGAACGGCGCCGGUGGCGGUAUCCAAAAGGAGUCUGCGAGUGGUCUUACUGCGUACGCCGCCGAGUACGCCAGCAACGUGUGGACGUACACGGGCGACGAGUAUGGGUUCUUCUCGCUGGAAGCUUCGGACGAAUGGCUCAAGGUGCAGUACCACACGGCUGACAAGUCGUGGUCUUUCGGCUCGAACAUGAAGGACACUACCGUCGGCGGCGUGCAAACGAAGCACUGCUGGUACAUUCCUGCCGACGGUGCCGAGGGCCAGGAGUGCACGUCGUAAGGCGAUCAUUUUUCACUGCCUCAUUACGAAUG